CGCCGCUCUCUCUGUAUGUUUGACGUCGCAUGGUGCGGCCUUUCGCUGAAGGUUGUCGCUCGCUUUUUUGUCGCAGUGUCGCCACCCUCGUCGGGACUGCAGCAGCCGGGCCUGGACGAAGAGCUGCUGACCGACGACCGGUGUCUGCAGCUCAUGCUGGCUGUCCGAGAGGGUCACAUGACCGGAGACCAGGCGCUGAACAGGAUUCGCCAACGGGGCACCCUGCGGUUCCGCAACAACCGAAAUCGCGAAGAGUUGCUGAACGACCUGGCCAGGAGUCUAGUAUGGAACCAAGGCGGCCCCAAGAAGGCGCAGGCUAACUCGGUGUUUUACACAGAUGGUCUGGCCCCGGCGACCGGUGGCUGCCUGGGACCAUGCCGCGGUCCCGUGGGUUUGUCAGCGCCCGCGCAGCCCAUCUACUACGAACCGCCCGAUGCCGUCGGGUUGGUGGCGACCGGGUCGCCCCUGCGCACCGCCGUUGUGAUGCCGGGAUCGUCGUCCUCCUCCUCUUCGUCCUCGGUCUUGGUUCCCGACCGGUGCUGCGGCACCAGCACGACGAGCAGCACCAUUCCUCGGCCCAACGCCAUCGCGUCGCCCUUCAGAGCCCCCAAGCCCAUCUCGGAUCCCGGUCCUGCCACAACGGGCCCGGUCUACGGCACAACCACGGAGGUAUGCGACGGCAACUGCGGCAACAUCAUGUGCAGUGUUCGCGCCUCCUCGGACGGCAGCCCUCCCUCGUCCGAACCGUCCACCUUGCUGCCACCGGGUCACACGACGGUGCUGACGUCGUCGUCCAAGGCGUCGUCGCCGCCCGGCGCGUCGGACCUCGUCAACGACGACGACGACGACUGCCGAGGGGACGUUAACGCCGGCGGCGACGUCAAGCGCGACUGCAAGAACGACGGUUCGCCCACGGCGGACGGCGGCGCACAGCGCACCGUGCCCGACGUGGCGCACGACAGCGAGCUCAAACGUGCCGCGCUCGCGGCGGCGGCCGCCGCUGGCGGCGCUGGCGACAAGCCAAUUUCCGACGACGUCCGCGCGACGACGCUUGGCGCUGCGGUCGGCUCGGCGUCGUCGGUGGUGGCAGCGGGCAGCGUGACCGGCGGCACUCCGAGUGUCGAGUCGUCGUCUGCCAACGUCAGGGUCGUCACGAUGCUGGGCAAGCUUCGGGGACGCACGCCGACGCGCAAUAGUUACUGUGCCAGUGAGGAGGGCCAGUCUCAGUCUUCAGACUACGAGGACCAGGAGGAGGCUGAAAAGCAGAUGGGAGAAGCCCAAAAAACUCCUGACCAGCAGCUCAGGAACUCGCUCGUAGGACGUGUCAGGCAUCUCCACAAGGAUGUCAAGAAAAAGAUAUCUCGUUUCAGGAACAGCCGGAGCUCUGUGGAUGGAACGAUGGAAGACAAGGACCUCCCUGAUGAGAUCCUCCAACCUGGAAGCUCCGUGGAAAGCAUUCCCAGUGGAUCUGUGGGCUCCCGAUCAAGCAUACAGGCACACACUCCCACCAGCAGCAACAGGAGCUCUUCCUCCAUUGGUGAAGAAGAGUGCAACCCUCAAUGUUUUGGCCCUUUUGUCGGGCGGGCACGCGCGCUCGUGGACUGCGUGCCUUCUCCUUAUGACAAGGAUGGCCUGGCUUUCAAGAAAGGAGACAUCAUAGACAUUUUGUCCAAGAACACAACGGGCACCUGGGUCGGUGUUGCUAACAAGAAGGUGGGCCACUUCAAGUUCAUCAACGUAGAGGAAAUUCCGACGGAAACGAAACCCCGAAAACGAAGGUUCCCAAGCGUGCCGAAGCUGGAACAGAGGCCCGAAUCCCUGGAAGAGUUGCUCGGAAUGUUUUCGCUACAGAAUUACGUCAAUGUGUUGAUGCUGCACGGCUACCAAGAUCUCGACACCUUCAAGGAAAUCACAAAGGAAGACCUGGAGAGCCUGGGAAUCAACAACGAAGACCACCAGAUGCAAAUCCUCAGGGCCGCUGAAGCACUCCUCGAACACGAUGGUGAAAUACUUGGCGAAUACCUGGAGGCACCUGCCAGCCCCGAACUUCCACCUGUCAAGGAAGGGGACGCCGACCUAGCUCUGGACAGUGUCAUCAACAAUCUCGACAGUGCGCCUAGCACAUUCCAGAAUGACCGAAAGGCAUUCACGGUGACCGGUGAUAGUGAUUCUUCCCUGAACAACGGUAGCAACCUCCUGCGUUUCCCAAUGAACAUUCCCGUGCCUGAACCGGAUAGCCCACCCACUUUUGCAACGAGGUGUGAUGACUCCAAAGAGAGGGCGUUCAACGGCACAAACACGCCCCCUCUUCCUUCGUCGAUAGUCAGUGCAGCUGUCGAGCGAUUUGAGCUGCGUCGAGCUUCGGCGGAGUGCAUCCGAAACCACAUUCCGAAGAGCCUGCAGAACGUAUUCCGCAAGCUGAGUGGCAAUGGAGGUGACGACGACGGUCGUUCCGCGUCCUUCGACGAAGAGGCGCUUGCAGAGUCGCCCGCUAAGACGUCGUAUGGCUCAAGCUUCGCUAGGAAAGUGAAAGCGUCUGCCUUCCUUCGGAGGGACUCUCACGAUCCCCGCAAGGCUAGCGACAGGAAGGCAAGCCUACACAACGCUGAAGAGACGGCAGCAGCGGCGGCACUCUCCCUACACAUGUGCAUCGAACACAAGCUUGCUGCGGAGGGUAUUGACCUUUGCCAAGAGCCUUACACGGACAAGACUGGCUUUUGUGGUAUACCGCCAGCCUUGGUUCAGCGGUACUCUGAGGAACUUCAAAGGGACAUAGCAGAAACUGCCGAAGCCCUGGACCAGAUUCGCAUCACGGAAUUGGACCGCAUUGGCAAGCAAGGGGUUCCCAAUGACUUCCUGGCCGACUCCUGCCACGGCAGCAGCGUGGACGCCGACUACUCCGGCGGCCUUCGGCCCUGGCUGGUCUCACUUGGCCUGCCCAUGUACGAGCCGCUUUUCCUCGAGGCCCGACUCUGCGACCUGGCACGCAUCGCGCAGCUGCAAGAGCAGGACCUGCGCGCGCUGGGCAUCUCCAACGUGCGGCACGUCCGGCACUUGGCGGCCGCCAUCGGUGCGCUGCAAAUGGAGCAAAGCCGUUACGGCCUUGAGCUACGAUGACAGAUCCUGCAGCGGUGGCAUGCCACUCGUGAGCAGGUGGCGCGCACCUGCGAACGCCUGCUGUCGAGCGGGAGCGACACCAGGGCGCUGUGGCGGCGGGCCUCGUCACCGUCGUAGAUGCGAGAGAGAGGGUGGCCGGUACACUUUCUCUGUGCGUGUGUGUGUUGAGGAACAGUGGUCGGUAAUUCCACACUGAACGAAAAAAAAAUGACGUUUUCGGGCCGCAGUGGCUCGUGUUUACGAGAUGCCAGAACCAAGUGCGGUCGUGGGAGCUCAAUAAGUCGGGCGAGUUGGUACGGUCGCACGAUGAAACCAGUCAAAAAACACGGGGAAUGCGCCGACACCUAGCUGGAAACCACACUUCGCCAGCAAACUGUCAACCUGUUCUUUUCAUGUUCUUUGUGCUUGUGUGCUGGUUUAGUUGUGCGUGUGUGGUAUUCAGUAUGACCACGGUGCAGGGGUUCCCAUUGUGAGAAAACAUUAGUAGUUCAUUCCACGCUUGUUUGCCAUAGACUUCAGCAGCAUUUUGUUUUGUUCGUUGUAGACUCUGAGCGUGGCUACUGCUUUUUCCUGGUCAGCAUCCAAUCUUCACUUGUGGAGAAGUGCUACACGGUGACAGAAGCCAGCUUCUUAACGGUGCUGGACAUCAGCGAAAUGUCCAAGUCCACAGGUGCCAGGAAACAUUAUCGCGGUCUGUGUGUGCAUAUUGCAAUUGAUGAGUGCACUAUAUUUUCUUCAUGGCAAUGCUUAGAGUGUAGUUCCUUCCUGCUUUCUGAACGUAGGCCUAGGCCAAUCAAAAACUGAUGAUGCACAGAGCAUCAGGAAUUUCACAAGGCGAGACGACGCGGAACUCCCAGCAUUCACGCUUCUACCGUCGACUUUUCUCUUUUGGCGGCAGACAUACAUUCGUGUUACGAAACCAGGCACGAGGAUCAUGUGAAAAUUCUACUCGUUACUGCAAAACAAGCUGGGCCUGUUCGUCAGGAUUCAUUGCAAAGUAUAAAACAACUCAAAAACCAAAUGCGGAUAAAAAGGUGUUGUCGUGUUUCUCCCUUUUCAUUUGCGUUUGGUUUUUGCGCCGUUUUAUAUUACCUUACAAAUUUUACUCGUUAGUUUUUCUUGUUGGUCACUGACCAUUGUAGAUCCAUUGUAUGGCUCUACGUGCACUGCUAUUGUCCACAGCGUUCAAAUUUUGUGAGACUUGCCUGGUACCAUGUCGUUCUCGCUAGCAUGUGUAAGCAACUCGCGUCUGCGCGCUGUGUCUCGCUGAAAAAUUGCUCGAAACGUGUUGCGAGACCAGAGUUACUUUUUUUUUUAAUGCCAAUAACACACAAAAACACGGUCACCGAGCCAAAGGCCACGAACUGUCUUAUUCUUUCGGGCGAGAAAUGUCCACGUUACACGUUUCAAGGUCGUAUUUACAUGCCAUGCACUUCGUGAACCAGUCCCAGCUAGUACGGUGCCAGUUCUGGCUCGUGGAAAACCACCACAGCCCGACCUGCACAAGCCCAGUGCGACCUCUCCGACAAGAGCGAGGACUGCCGAGUACUCUUCCCAGAGAACGAAGCCUGCAUUGUGUAUAACACGAUGACGUGCAGACGCUUCCAACUCGCAAAAUAAAUAGCGAAGUGCAGCAAUCCCUGAACCGUUUCUGAUAGCGCACAUGAACCCAAUUCGCGGUGCCUGUGCUGUUGCGUUGGCGUUCGUACAAUGGCGUUUCAGGCAGAAGUUCAGCAGCAGCCACACAUCCUUAUUCUGUGGGUUUCCGCGACACACGUGCAGUAGAGACAGGAAAGCCAUGUUAAAACAAAACGUGCCAUUUCGUUCAUUCUUAUUCAUUUUCAUCAAUCGAGACUUGCUUCCUAGCUCCAUUCUGCCUUCGAAGCCACCUCUCAGGCUUUGAAUGGAAAGAGUGGCUGCUAGGAAAAUGGGCUUUGCGCUGCAGUGCGCUUACAUUUCUGCUGCUCGCCUGAACCGUCACGCAUUCAAAUUGAGGACGCAUGUAUUUUGCUAGAAGCUGUGCAUUACGCGUGCUUAUAUUUGUACUCGGUGGUGCGUCUUCGUUGCCAGCCAGGCACGUGCGUGUAGCGGGCUGAGGCACCGUGGCGUAAGCUUGAUUGAAUCUUGCGCCAUGCUGCGGGAGCGAAGUCAGAAAGCAGGAGGGGCCUCAGAAUCCUACCGAUCGAUGGCUAGAGAGCACAGUCAUUUAUGCUUCUGGCAUCUCGAGAGCAAUACUCUUAGAAAGGAGGACGUCACCGUAUGCAUGUUAGAGAAAACUCUUUCGCCUUGUUUGCCAUUCGUUCUCAUGCGGUGUUCAUAGUGUGCCAGUCUCGCGAAAUAUGAGGCCGUGUACCACUGGUAUGAAACACAUUACGUGUGUAGUGUAAAACAUGGCUGUAUGUCAACUCUCGACACGCUCUGCUUCUGAUCUUGCGUUCCUAAGAUUACCAAAGUGAUAACAAAACUGUCUGCGAGGUUGAACCAUUGCAUGUUUGUUGCACAGAGCAGUGUUUUACAAUAAUGUUGUAAAUAACAAAAAAAAAAUAUUCAUUGCACGCAUGAAAGGUAACGUGCACAUGAUGUAUGUGUGUCUGUAUAAUUGUGUAUGUACGUGUAACAGUUAAAUGAAUGCUCGCCGAAGGCAUUGUUGCACGAGACAGUGCAAGAAUGAUCCAGGGUGCGCAAAACAAUAUGCGCUGUUGUGGCUAUCAAUCCAUUUAUGUAGGUGCACCGUUAAGCCUCCAUUUUUGUCCUUGCAUUGUUUAUAGAGGCAACGGUUUUCUUUUUUGGCUUGAAAUCCUCGCAUAGCUGUGCCUAGAAGGGGCUUAAGGUAAAGAAAUUUUGGGCAGCACUAAUGUGAAACGAAUAGGUGCGACCACUGUUCUAGUGCUGUUGGCAUUCGAAGUUUGUGAAUAACUUGUUUUCGAAAGAAUGCUGCGUUGAUUGAUCGUAAUAAGGAAAGUCCAUGAAGUGCUGCAGUCCUCAGCCAUCAGUAGUAGAUACUGCCUUGUGCAUUUGUCUAGUCAAGCGUAAGGUGUACUUCUCACAAUACUGUAGUCCUGGUUCAUGCCUGGUGCUUCCCGUGUGCACUUUCAAUACCAACGCAGAAAUCCACUCACUUCCAGCAGGGAAAUGUAAAUAGCGCUGUAAAGAAAUCGAGUCACGUCUUUCUCUGUGCCCUGUACUUUACCGAGAUGCCGAUAUUGCUGUUAUUGUAUGUACAGUAAAAGCUCCUGUGAAUAAACUUAUGUUUUUAAGUA